AUGGCGUCCAAGAAGGCAGCUGCGGUCCGCUUCGUCGACUCUCAUCCUUUCCCAUCCAGCAAACGAGAACAGGAACUCCUCCGAGCUGAAGCACGUUCUCAUGCUGCGACUGUGUCACACCCUACAUACAAGAAAAAAGCCGCUCGGCCUCUAGAGAAGGAAUCUAGUGCUGCCAAUGUCGUUCCUCGUUUGCGACGAUCUUCAAGUGAAGAAGUGGGCCAGCCUCUACUGACACGGCCUGUUGACACCGCAGUAUGCCCUCUAGAAAGCGUUGAAACUCGACAGAGAUUGGGCCAGUCGAACCAACCCUUUUCCAGGUAUCGCCUUUUUGUCCGGAGCUCGGGCGGAAACUCCAAUAGAGAUACCAAUUCCGCACGUAAGAAACGGGAGACUCAAGCCGAGCAAGGAGGGACGCAGACUGUUGCAUAUGCCUCCAUUCCCGUCUUCAAGGGAAACACCGAUCCGUUCAAUGCGACGAUCAUACCGGUCAGUGCUCUUGAGCACAUGUUGCUUCAGCAGGCGCGAGCACAGUCCAUGUUGAACACCUGGCCAUCCGAGAUAGCCCUGCGUCAUAAUCACAGUGCACUCACGGCUGAAUCCAUGAGAAAAAUGCCGGCCUUUGUCGCGGACAAAGCUUCCAGUCAUGCAAUCAUCUCACACGCCUACUACAGCAGUGGCAGCAGGCAGAGGAACCACGGCCAACCGCAUGAGCAGACGUUGGUAUACGCAGAAAAGCACAAAUUCCAGGCUCUCAGAGCGCUGCAAGAGUCCCUGGAGGCGCAACGGCAGACUGGAGACUCGGCGAAGUUGUGGAAAAUACUCUCAUCUUGCUGCUGGCUUGGGGCAGCAGAAAUGCUUAGCGGAAACAUUCAUGCCGCAAUUGUUCAUUUGUCUGCGUCACAAAAGAUUGUCAAUUCCUUAGGAGGCUGGUCAGUCAUGGGACGUAUGGAGAAGGAAGUUCUGCUUGGUGCGGUGGUCAGUCUUGCUGCGGCUUUACGCUCCCGCCCUGUGAUGGAUAUUGGCGACUUCGACCCUGGACCGUGGCGUUCACACACCUGGGUCACCGACAUGGAGGAUCCGCCCACUUUGCAAGAGGACCUGAAAGUUGCGUUCCCUGAAUCAACCCCCUCUGAAUCUUCCACCCCGACCACCAUUGCCCCGGCCUUGAGGGCGAUAAUGGCCGACAUAAGGGAACUUCUGGCCGUUGAGGAGCUGAAGUUCAGAUACGCGACCUCGAAAGCGUCGGACGUAACGGAGAUUUUCCGUUGGUCUUUUGCUCGCAAGACCGCAGUUCGAGCUCGUUCUCUCCACUACUGGUGCGACUUGAUUGAAGCAGCCAAGAAAGAUGGUAAGCCUGUAGCCACAGUCGUUGGGCCUGGCGGCCUCCCAUCCCCGGUCGCAUUGACUUUUGAUGUCGCAUUAUGCCUUGCUGUGCGCUGUUUUGAUCGGUGCAUCUUCGAGGAGCAUUACCAACCUGGUGGCGUCUUUCGCGAGAGCAAACGUUACCACACGGAAAUGACCACGAUCAUCGAAGCCCUGCGGCCUGCGGCCGAGGAUUUCUCCCUUGUCCCGGGUCAGCACACACGCGACCUGCUAUGGAUCUAUUCGGUUGGCGCAUACGUGGAGGACGUAUUCAUGCGGCCCGAGUUGGAGAGAAAGGAAGAUCCAGUGGCGCCCCAGAGACGAUUUUUCAGCACCCGGUUUAGUUAUCUGGUCGCUGCAAACCUGGAAUUCAACAGCUUUGAAGACGUCACGAAAUUGCUGAGAGAGAAUUACCUUUAUUUUCCACGGCUCCAAGACGACAGUCUGAGGAAACUGGUCGAAUUCUGA